AAAUAAGUGUGCUUCAGCUGCAGUAUUCAUCAAACUCCCGAUUAAACAUCUACAACAAACCCAGAACUCAACCCGACUUCCUUGUGCUCACAAAAACAGCACUGUUCUGCUUUGAGAGAUGUAACCUGAAACUGCAAACUCCACAUUUGGGCACUUGCUGACACUUUGCCAGCACUGAAGCACGAGGUUGUGCUGCCCAACUGGCCGGGGUUACUUAACACUGCUGGCAGCUCCGGAGCUGGGACGUAACUUUGGUUACACAGCUCUGGUUUUCCCUUCCCUGUGUGUGAGAGGACUUCAAAUUCGCUGCUGGGCCCACAAGGCAGCGAGCUGGGAACGUUUCAGUGCAGCUCUGCCUGAGCCUGCGGGGCUGCGACAGGCAGCAGAACCAGAUUUGCUUCAUUUGGAUUCCCUGCCCGCGAUGGAGCUCACCAUCCUCUUCCUCCGCGCCUGCCUGGCGCUGCUGGCCAUGCCCAUCUACCUGCUGUCCUUCCUGGGCAUAUGGGAGCCGUUCUGCAAGAAGAUCUUUUUCCCUUUCUUCUUAGAGAAGCUGACUGUGAUCCACAACAGGAAAACCAAGAAGCAGAAGCAGGAAUUAUUCCGAAAUCUGCCCGACUUCGCCGGGCCGUCGGGAGAGCUGAAGCUGCUGGAGAUCGGCACAGGAUGCGGAGCCAACUUCCAGUUCUACCCUCCGGGCUGCAGAGUCACCUGCAGUGAUGUGAACCCCAACUUCCAGCAGGGCCUUUCCAGGAGCAUGAGCAAGAAUCAGCACAUCCACUACGAGCGCUUCCUCACGGCAGCCGGGGAGGACCUGCACCAGGUGCCCAAUGGCUCCGUGGAUGCUGUUGUCUGCACUUUGGUCCUCUGCUCAGUGCAGAGUGUGAGCAAAACCCUGAAGGAAGUGCAGCGCGUGCUCAGACCGGGAGGCGUUUUUUAUUUCUUGGAGCACGUGGCCGCGAACCCUUCCAGCUGGAAGCUGUUCUGGCAGCAGGUUUGCUACCCGACAUGGAAACUCGUGUUUGAUGGCUGCUGCCUGACCAGGGAGAUAUGGAAGGAUCUGGAAGAGGCCAAUUUCUCGGAGCUGAAACUGCAGCACAUCAGCGUGCCGUUGCCCUGGACUCCCAUUAAGCCGCACAUCAUUGGGUACGGCGUGAAAUGACGUGGAGCUUCGUGCUGCUCACCUCCACAACUCCUGGGCAUGAUCAAAGGGCACAAAGAGCAUCGACUAAUCCUGGCCAAUGAAUGUAGGCAGCGUGGUUGAAAACGGUAAUAAAUGUUUGAUUUGGACGUGAAAUGGAGGAGGAAGGUCAGUUUUGUGAAUAUUUUUAAAUUAAAAGCGCUUUGCUGGGUGUGCAAUAAAGGCUUUGGAACCGUA